GAAACGGAGCAAACAACAGAAAUCCAGAAAAUCCAGCUCGAAAUCAUCACCAGCUACUUGAAACAGACCCGGAAGAUGUCGUCUUCACCACUCCGUCUCGCUCUGGCCCUCAUGUGCCUGGUGUCAGCCGUCAGUGUCGUGUCGUGCGGUCGGCCUCACGUGAUAUUGAACUCGGCUCUGGAAGAAGCUCACAACAUCCCGCUCGGAGAAGAGGUACCAGAGAGACUCACUCUUCCUGAGCUCCAGUGGAUGCUCAGUAACAACGAGCUCGCGCCCGUUCAGGUGGAAGAAGCCCCUCACAGCAGGAUGGAGCUGGUCAGGAGAGACAACACGGCCACGACCAAACCGGUCAACUGCAUGAACUACUUCUGGAAGUCCAGGACAGCGUGCUGAGCUCGCGAAGACCUAGGAACCAGAGCCGGAGGCACCAUUUAAACCAUUAAUAUGCUGCGAAUCACUUCACUGUUUCCCUUCCCUUCAGUGUACACCUCUGAGACAGACAGACAUGCUCGUUGUCUGGCUUCGAGCACACCAGAGCCUCUGUUAAUUCUUUUAAUUUUAGGAGCUGUAGGAAUCGUAGGACAUGUUUCAAUACUAGGUGCCAGUUUUAUCCUGCUCUGAAGCACAAACUGCUUAAAAUAAACAAUACAGCAUCAAUAAA